UUUUAUGUACUGAAUAUAGUCUGAUGUGGAUUAAGAGCCUUUCAUCAACUAAAUCAAUCAAUGCAUCAGCAAUGCUUUGAUGACUAAAGGAGAACUAAUGUCUGGACUUUGGUCUUUUCAUCAGUCGACCAACCUGCAGCCAACAGUUAAUACACAGCGUCAUUCUUGGAGGUAAAACUAGUCUUUUGAGCUUUAAUGUUUUUACACUGAAAUCACAGCCGGAGGUGAGACAGUGGUCAUUGAUUUUCCAACUCGAUUAAAAAAAUAAAGGCUAAAAUGAUCACAAUAACACAAUCAUUGUAAAUGUUUUUCUUCUCAGCACUGUUGAGUAGUUUCUGUUGUGCAAUUAGGAAGGCUGAUAUUUUCACUGCUCUUAACCCGCAGACUGUGCCAUGGAUCGCGUGCUGAACAUCGCUGACCACUACAUCCUCACUCCGUACGUUUACCCGGCCUCGUGGCCCGAGGAUGAAGCUCUGCGUCAGAUCAUCAGCCUGUGGGUGGUGACAACAAUGGGAGCAGAGCUGCUCUACCUGGGCUUUGGUGCUCUUAACUUCUACAGUGUGUUUGACCACAAUCUCAUGAAACAUCCACAGUUUAUUAAGAACCAGGUUAGAAAAGAAAUCCAGCUGGGAGUCACCUCGAUUUUCUGGAUGAGCUUCCCCACAGUAGCUAUUUUCUUCUGGGAGAUCAGGGGACACAGCAAACUUCAUGACAACAUCAGCGAAUCUUCCCUGGGCUGGCCUGGAGUGUUCCUGAGCAUUGCUGGCUUCUUGUUCUUUACCGACAUGUGGAUCUACUGGAUACACCGGUGGAUGCAUCAUAAGCGCAUUUACAAGCACUUACAUAAGCAACACCAUGUAUUCAAGAUCCCCACGCCAUUUGCCAGCCAUGCCUUCCACCCACUCGAUGGCUUCCUGCAGAGCUUACCCUACCAUGUCUACGCCUUCAUCUUUCCCCUGCAAAAGGUGGUGUACCUCUCACUCUUUGUCUUUGUCAAUUUUUGGACCAUUUCCAUACACGACGGAGAUUACCGCAUCCCCGGCCCUCUGAUAUGUGUGAUUAACAGUGCUGCUCACCAUGUGGACCAUCACCUCUACUUCAACUACAACUAUGGACAAUACUUCACGCUCUGGGAUCGUCUGGGGGGCUCCUACAGGCAUCCCUCUGCCCUGCUGGGGGAGGGGUCCCACGACCACGUACGCAAGCUCAUGGCAGAGGCUGCAAAGAAAAAGUGAUGGUGGAAGCAGCAGCCUGGAUAUUUUUGUUUCUCAAUAGAACAUCUCUGGGAG